UUUUCAAUGUCACUUCAUUGGCUGUGAAAAACUUGAUAAAUAUUUUAACCAUGUUGUUUAUUUAACUUAGCUUUACCGAUCAAAGUGCAAUUAGAUAAGACAUUUAUUAGAAAGUAGUUUAUUCUGUGUAUGUUGUUAGCAUAUUGAAAAUGGCAGAAUAUGGUAAAUUCGGUCCUUUAAUCGGAGCAAUUGAUGAAGGAACCUCGAGUGCGAGAUUUAUUAUAUUUAAAGCUAACUCAUGUGAGGUGGUGGCGGUGCAUCAGAAGGAGUUGGAACAAUGUUUUCCCCAAGAAGGAUGGGUCGAACAGGAUCCCAACGCGAUCUUGGAAGUGGUUAUCACUUGCAUAACAAAAGCUGUGGAGAAACUCGUGGCCUUAGGCGGAAAACCGAAGGAUAUAAUCGCUGUGGGUGUAACCAAUCAAAGGGAGACUACAAUUGUCUGGGAUAGGUAUACCGGGAAACCACUUCAUAAUGCCAUUGUAUGGCUGGAUAUGAGAACUUCAUCCACAAUAGACAAACUACUGGAUUUGGUGCCUAACAAGACGAGAAAUAAAAAUUACUUAAAGCCACUAUGCGGUCUGCCCAUGUCACCGUACUUCAGCGCUGUGAAACUGAGAUGGUUGAGCGACAAUGUGGACGCUGUUAAACAGGCCAUGAAGAAGGGAUCCUGCUGCUUCGGAACUGUCGAUACCUGGAUCAUAUGGAAUUUAACAGGUGGCGUUAAUGGCGGCAAGCAUAUCACGGAUGUCACGAAUGCCUCACGAACUAUGCUCAUGAACAUUGAAAAUUUAACCUGGGAUCCUCUUUUAAUGAAAUUUUUCGAAGUGCCAAAAUCGGUCCUACCAGAAAUUAAGUCGAGCUCCGAAAUAUACGGCUACAUAUCUGAUGGACCAAUCCGUGGCGUACCGAUAUCCGGCUGUCUCGGUGAUCAACAAGCUGCCCUAGUCGGGCAGAUGUGUCUACAGCAGGGGCAAGCGAAGGCCACGUACGGAACCGGUUGUUUCGUCCUCUACAACACCGGCGACAUUCGCGUCAAUUCAAACCGGGGCUUGCUGACUACAGUGGCGUACCAGUUGGGGAGUGAAAACCCUCCUUGUUACGCUUUAGAGGGAUCGGUUGCGAUCGCCGGUGCUGCUCUGGGCUGGCUCCGAGACAACAUCGGACUGUUGGACAGUGCUAACGACUCUCAACAAAUAGCGGAGAAAGCAACAGAGAAUGGCAGUGUUGUUUUCGUUCCGGCAUUUAGUGGACUGUACGCUCCUUAUUGGAGACAAGACGCCAGGGGUGUAAUAUGCGGUAUAACGGAAGAUACGCAUUCAAAUCACAUCGUUAAAGCCGCUUUAGAAGCCGUUUGCUUUCAAGUGAGAGACAUAUUGGAUGCGAUGAACGAAGACUGCGGUAUACCUUUGCAGUUGCUUAAGGUCGAUGGCGGUAUGACUUCCAACGCGCUGGUAAUGCAAAUGCAGUCUGACUUGAUAGGCAUUAACGUUAUCAAAGCAGGUUUCACUGAGAGCACUGCUCUGGGCGCUGCCCUAGUCGCCUACUGGGGCCUGGACAGCAACAGAAUGGCAUCGCAGAUCGCUAUGUCCACUGGCAUCACCUACAUGCCAAAGAUAAGUGACGAUGAGAGGGAUAUGAGAUAUAAACAGUGGAAAAUGGCGGUAGAGAGAUCAUUGGGGUGGGAGCAAAACUGAGUGUUAAGGUACAAAUUUAAUAAAUAUACAUCGAUCAGGACAAAUAUCACACAAAGGCUGAAUUAAAUGCUAUCCACAAAUGUAUAUACACGAAUUGUGAUUGGAAAUGAUUUUAUACAAAAUAUUUUUUAUUACAUUUAUACAAACCUAAAGGGAAAUUAUAAUUCAACGAAUUUUCAUCCUGCUUUAACUGCCAAUUUCAUAAAAAUAACAGUUAGUCAAAUCGUAAAGCUUGAUAUGUUUAAUGGACUCAGAAAUUUAAAAAAUGUAAAAAUGGUAGAUAUUAUGAUAGAUACAUAGCUUUUAUCGUAUGACAUAUUGAAGUUAUUAAAAUACUGAAGUUUAUUUCACGCAUAGCGUUAGGCGUCUAAUGUAGAAUACAUUAAAUGUUUCUAAUAUUAAAAAAUAAAUAUACCAAAAUUAUCACUGGAUUUAUAAUUUAAUUUGUAAUUAUUUUGAAGAUCGUAUCAGAAUAAAUUAUACAACCAUUUCAUACCUUCCGAAUUAUAAAACAGACAUUAAGGAAACUCUCUGUAUAUUUCCAUUUCUUUUUCUUGUAAGACUAGUAAAUAAUGUACAGUAAUUUAAAAUCAUAUACAUAUUAAAUGUGUAAAACAUUUAUAUUAUCAUGUACAUGUUUCAAAUGCUGUAUUGUAUAUAACGUGUACACUGUUUAGGUUCUUUUGAAAUAUGUACAGUUCGCAAAAUAAUUAAAUGAAAUAAUUUUAUUUCAAGUUAUUAUAUUAUAUUACCCAGCGCUAUUGAAUUUUCACGUGUAACUUUUGUGAUUAUAAUUCAUCUCGCGCUCGGCGGUGAAAAGCAUGAGAGGAAACAUGUGUCCAACUUAACUUAAAUUCUGCUACAUAUGUAUUCAUGUGGAAUAUGCUCCAAAACAUUCUCGUCAAACCUAGAGAGCUUAGCCUAGCGAAAACAAAGAAGCCUUAUUGUUUUAAUAAAACACACACAUGGCACAUUACACAGUUGAAAAAAUAUAUUUAAUUCUCAUGAUCAUCAUCAUUAAUAUCGUCUUUACAUUAAUUUUGACCAGAAUAAUACUAUUACGAGGGUUGAGGAUCUAGUGUUCUGUAAUACUGGUCCCUAUCCAUGCGACACCAGCUCCGCACAUGCACUCAAUGUAAGCUGUUCCUUAUUAUUACAUAUUAAACUUAUAUUGUGACAUGGUCCUGUUUUUUUAGGGAGGCAUAAAUAAAUAUAUUAUUAUUAUUAUUGUAUACUUACAAGUGUCAGUUGACGUCAUACUUGUAUAGUAUUUGGAAAAGACAAAUGUUGUACUGUAAGUGUACAUUUUAUAUCGACUCGUAAUGAAAUUAUAUAACGAACAACGAAUCAUUAACAUUUAUUAUUUUAUAAUAUCAAUAGUUAUGAUUACAAAUAAUAAGUGUUACAUAUGCCUAAGCAGAAAUAUAAAUAAAAAAAAUGUUUAAAUUACUAGGUUAAAUAAAAAUAUUCAAUCCCUUGAUUACAUUAUUGUAAAAAUAUAUCGUUGCUUUUUAUAUUAUUAGGUAAUCGUUUUUUUUUAUGGCUAAGGGAAAAACACACGAUGAAUAUCGUUAUUUUAUAAUUUAUCACGAACAUCAGUCUUCGCGCUGCACGUAGAAAUUUAUCACAAAUGUGCACAAAUUUUAAUUAUUGUGCUAGAUGUGGCGCUUUGGGAAAUUAGUGUGCUUUUGUAAAUCGUGCGAUGACUUCGAAUGUGUUAAUAUACAAUAUGUUUAGAAACCCGUCUGUUCGCGAUUCUGCCUUAACGUCUCUUGGAUGUAACCAUAAACCAUUUAAUUGAAAACCAUUUUAUCACUAGGCUUAGCAAAGUGCAUUCAAUUCGAGCCGAAGCAACUUUUACCGUUUUUCUUUCUUUGGUCACGUGAAAAAUCCUUUUUUUUAUAUUUAUUGACUUAUAGUCCUUAAAGUCCUUUGAUCAUUUGUUAUGUAACAGAGAAUUUCUCCUUUUACCUCAUGUAAUUUAAAUUAAUUAAUUUAUUUCACAAACUCAAUAGAGAGGUAUAUACUCAAGAGCCCUAUGUGUGUUUUUUAAUCAAUUUUUUUUUUAAUUUUUAACUUAUUUAUGAUAUUCAGAAUUUUGUAGGCAUUCGAUAUUUAAAAAAUAUUUGUUACAUAGAAAAGUAACUACUAUAAAUAUUGAUCGACUCGAAAAGAUACCUAUGGAACCUUACCUACUUAAGUCGAUCAUCGAUCGGAACUUAAACUAAAUCCUAAGGGUGUGCCGCAGGGAAGUAUGCUUGGUCCACUUUGAUUUAUGGUCGUUAAAUGUGGAUGAACUCGUUCAAUACAUUGAAAACUAAUAAAAAAAUAAUUUUAUUUAAGACAAAAUACAACGAUUAAAAUUCCUUAUUCGGUUUUUAAUUUAAAUUUUAUGAAAAUAUUUUUUGUUGAUUGAAUUAUAGGUUGGCUGUUUUUAUUUCAUUAUGUUUUCGAGAUUUUUAUUUUUUUUAACUUUAACAAUUUUACUCAUUAGUAGUUUGUAAUUAUUACCUAAUUUGAAUAAAAUAUGUAAGUUUUUAUAUCUGUUAAGCCGCUGGUACAUACGCUUGACGCCAAGUGUGGCUGUCCCUUAAAGUAUAUUUUAAAUUGUACUCGCUUUCAUUUUGCUUAGUUGACGCAGGUCUGUCUGUAGUCUAGUUGUUAACACUCGCAAUCAAGUUCAAAACUAUAGUUAUUUAAUUUUUCUACAUAAAGGAAUUCAUUUAAUCGCUAUUGUGUUGCCAUUUUAUGGUAUAAUUCCUGUCACUUUCAUUCAAAGAAUAUAAAUUGACAGAUAUUUUGAUACCGAGUGUGUCCGACAAUACCAGUCCUUGAUCCAAGGAUUAAAAUAAAAAGUAACAAGUAGAAUAUACUAAAGUUGUACAUGUGCAAUGUAGUGUAGGGUUUUUAGUCAUUGUUAGUAUAUAUAUUUUAGCAUAGUUGAUCGUUAAAAGCAUCGAAUAUAAUCGAUUAAUAAUGGAACAUCACCAUUCCAGACUAAUUGUAAUAAAAUUUAUUUUGUUAACAAACUUAUA